GGAUUUUUAACGGUUUUUCUGUGUUCACAAACAGUGCGUUCCGGAUUUAGAGAACAUAAUUUUGUGUGACUGUGCUCUAAAAUUAUUGUGGAAAAGUGAUGCUGUGUGCCGUCUGAUUUUCGAUUUUUCCGCUAAACCAGCGGCUACCCCGGGCCCCCACAAACCCUCAAAAUUACCCGAAUCCAGUCCCCAAAACCCACCCUGAGUUUCUCAGAUCCUUUCGGGCCUCCCACGUCGUCGGACGCGGGGGGCCCUUCCACCCCGCAGCCCGCCAUGACGACCCAGGAGGCCUUAGACCACCACCACCAUUUGGGGUCUCAGACCCCUCAUGACCCGAAUUCGGCGAACUCAACACCGACGAAUGUCUCAUCAAAAUCCGCUUUUAUUGAGCUCCAGCAGCAUGGAUACGGGUUUAAGGGGGGUUAUCAGCACCCCCAUCAUUUCGGGAGUCCUGGGGGUCAGCAGAACCCGCAUGAGGCCUCAGGGUUCCCUAGUCCGCGGUCGCUGGGGUAUCCCUUCCCUCCUAUGCAUCAGAACACGUACGGGUAUCAUUUGGGGUCGUACGCGCCGCAGUGUUCGAGUCCGCCUAAAGAUGAAAAAUGCGGUCUCAGCGACGACCCCGGCCUAAGGGUGAACGGGAAAGGCAAGAAGAUGAGGAAACCACGGACUAUAUACAGCAGUUUACAACUCCAGCAGUUGAACAGACGGUUCCAGAGGACGCAGUACCUCGCGCUGCCGGAGCGGGCCGAGCUGGCCGCCAGCUUAGGCCUCACGCAGACCCAGGUGAAGAUCUGGUUCCAAAAUCGUCGAAGCAAGUACAAGAAGAUGAUGAAGGCGGCGCAGGUAGGGGCUCCGCCGCCGGGCCUAGGGCUCCCACCAGCCAGCCCGCCCACCAACAACCAACUAUUACAUGGCGGCGGCGGCAGCUCGUCCGGCUCGCAGCACUCCCCGGGCGCGUACGCAGGCGCCGCGCAGGCGCACUCACCCACACCAAGCUCCACCCCCGUCUCCGAGCUGUCCCCAGGGCUAUCCCCCACGGGGACGCCGUGGGACGUGAAGCAGCCCCCACAACCAAAUUGGGACGUUAAGCCGUCAGCAGGACGGUCGCCGGACGGAGCGUCGUGCGACGUCAAACCUCCUCAUCAGCAGUCCUGGGACCCGAGGGUCGGAUACGGCGCGCCGCCCGGCCCGUGGGAUAUGAAAGGCGCGCACGCGCACGCGCUUCACCACCAGGGGGCGCCACAGCCCCACCCCCCCUACGUACCCCAGUACUCGUGGUACCAAACCGACGCGAACCCUGGACUUUUGACGGUAUGGCCUGCAGUGUAACAGCUCUCUGGCAACAUAAGUUCACGAUAGUGAAAUUCAAAAUGGCGCCCGCUACAAAAUGGCGGACUUACCUGUCAAGUUAAAAUGACAGCUACUUAUGUCAUUUUAACGCACACGAGCUGUAAAUGUGAAUUACUUGUAUCGGCACAACCAACUCUAACUUUAAGAAAAUUAUUUAAUAAAAUCAACUAAAAAUCAUUGUAAAUUUUUAUAAUUAACUAAAAAUAAGAUGUAAUUGUUAAAAAAAGGUUAUUUGUACAUGUUAUUGGGCAAUUGUGUUUUUACUACAAUUUUGCUUUUUGGUGUUUUUAUUUAUUUUGUCUUACGUCAAAUAUAAGAAAUAAUAGUUCCUAUUAUCAAAUGCCAUUUUAUUUUGGAAAUAAAUAAAAACUUUUGCAAGUUUUUAAUGCUUUUAAAUAUCAAGCUAAUCAUUUAUUUUCGUAUUUGACGUUUGCAAAAGUUUCGAAAUUGUAGGAAAAAUACAAAAAAUGGAGAUGCGACAGAUCAUGAUGUGUCUUUAAUACAUAAUUCCAAUUUAUUUCAUUCCCUCCAAGAAUUUACCAAGA